CCUCUAUUUCUGUCUCUGCUCUCCAUCUUUAUUUUCCUCUCCCCCUCCUCUGUCUCUUCAGUUGUCCAUGGAGGACACUACUUCAAUUCUGCCUCGUCUCAAGAGGAAGUCCACCAACACCUACGGGAUCGGUGCUCUGGCUAAGUCCUCUCUGACAGGUGUGUCAGGCGUGAGUCGCUCCAUGAAGGACAAAGUGACCAAGCCCACCGCCAUGGCUCAGGGUCGCGUCGCUCACAUGAUCGAGUGGCAGAGCUGGGGCAAACCGUCCGCGGGGCCGCUGGGAGGCACGGGACACAGCAACCUGCAGAGGGAGAAGGCGAGGAGGUUGGAGAACGACGCGUACAGCGACCUUAGCGACGGCGAGAAGGAGGCUCGCUUUGCUGCAGGCAUCAUGCAGCAGUUUGCCAUCUCCGAGGCGACUCUGUUUGGCUGGAACUCCAUGGACGGGGAGAGUAUGGAAGCCGGCUCCAACCAGGGCAGCGUUGCUCACCUCAGCGAGGUCAACCAGGAGAGCAUCACCAGCAGAGACCAGGUGCUCCACCACUCCUCUGCGGAUGUCUGGCCUCACACCUACGUCUCACAGGGCCUGUAUUGCCUGUCGUCCUCAGAUGCCUGGGACCCGAUCACCAGCCAGCCUUCGGGCGUGGCCUCACCCGCUGCAGGCUCGUACAUUAUGGCUGCUGGUGGCAGCAACGGAGUAGGUGGAACACCCAGCGAUGGUUUCGAGGGCACGGUAGGGAGUUUCAUUCAGCAGCACCAGGCUCAACUCGCCCUGCAGCAGCACAGUCAGCUCCAACACCUCCAACAGCUCCACCACUACCAGCAGCAGAUCCUGCAGUACCAACAACAACAGUCAAUGGAGCACAGGCUACACAGUGGCUCCCCUUCUCUCCAGGCCACGCCCAACAGCACCAUCCACAGCCUCUGUCCCCCCACCCACCCUCGCCUCGCCGACCUGUGGGGAGCUGCGCAGAUUGAGCCGCACCAGGUGGAGAUCGCCGGGCAGCUGAGUGGACUGAUGGCUGAAAUGGUCGGAGGACUGGUGGAGACGGUCGGGGAGGAGCCCGAGACAGAGUCUGAAGACUUCCCAGAGCAGCACGAAGAGGACGAGGAGGAGCUGACGAAGGUAGAAGAGGUAACAUUAACCUUAGAGCCGGAGCCGUGCUCUUUGACCCCGUCCCCGCUGAGGGAGGAGGCCCCCUCGACGAGAGGUUCAAGCCCAGGACUGUCAGCACAGAGCGUCGAAUUCACAAAGGAGAGGACACCAUUCGACGUCACGCCCUGUGUCGUCCAAUCACUGGAGGAGAAGGACGAAGAGGCGGAGGAGGGCUCUGUCGUUGUUGUUGCGACCAACUGAAUGGUCACAAACUGACAGACAGGAAAUAAAUACUCCAAUAAUCAAUCAAUCAAGAUAUUAUCCCAACCCCUUCCCAACUAUUUACCCACUUUGAGUCAGAGGAUCUGGGAGAAGACUUUUUUCAGAUGGAGACGUUGGAUGUACACAGACUUGAUGCCAAGACGCCGCAAAGGUUAACACGGGAAAUGUGGAAUAUAACAAUAUGAGACGACGAACCAAUAAACUCCGUGGCAGGUGACGAACUUAAAUUCAGUGACUGCCGUGAGGAGGAGAUCGAUUCUCGGUUCAAAAGCCGAACAGGCGGAUGUGAAAUCCUCAAAAAAGACAACGUAGGACAAGACGAAGAAAGGGCCUAGUUUAAAAAUAAUUCAGUGCAAUACAACCAACAUGGACACGACCAGACGUUGGGUCAAACAGUAUUUGCAAAUAAGUCGGAGUGCAUCAGAAGUGUGUGCGUGUGUGAUGUGAGAAAACCCUGCAGCAGAAUAAAAUAAACCUGGUCAGGGAGUCGUCUGAUGUUCUAUAUGUGUUUUGUUUUGACUGACAGCUUGUCUGAGCUGCUGUGAUGCUGUGAACCCGGUCGAAUGUGGUACUCGGAGCGUGUGGCGUGCACUCCGGGUCAUUUGCAAACGCGUGAUCUGGACACAACCAAAAGGAAAGUGCAUGCAUUUUAACAGUGACCUAGCCCUACCAGUGUAACACAGUAUACAAAGUAAUAACAUAUCAAAUCGCUUUUUAUAAUAAAAGACAAAAAAUCCAAUAAACUGACAUGUAUUUGUAUGAAUGUAAGACUGUAUGUAUGUAAUGUAUGUAUGUUUGUAUGAGUGUAGCUUUGUCUGUGUGUAAAAUAUAUAUAUAUAUAUAUUCUGGGAAACAUUCUU